AUGAGAAUUAAGAAGAAGAACUCUACUGGUAACGCUAAGAACUUUAUCACCAGAUCUCAAGCUGUCAGAAAAUUACAGAUUUCUCUGGCUGAUUUCAGAAGACUAUGUAUCUUCAAAGGUAUUUAUCCAAGGGAACCUCGUAAUAAGAAGAAAGCAAACAAGGGAUCUACUGCUCCAACUACUUUUUAUUUCUCCAAGGAUAUUCAAUAUUUGAUGCAUGAGCCUGUCCUAGCAAAAUUCAGAGAACAUAAGACAUUUGCUAAGAAAUUAACUAGAGCUUUAGGAAGAGGUGAAGUUUCUGCUGCAAAUAAAUUAGAAGAAAACAGGAGUACUUAUAAGCUAGAUCAUAUCAUUAAGGAACGUUAUCCAAGUUUCCCAGAUGCUUUAAGAGAUAUCGAUGAUGCAUUAAACAUGUUAUUCCUAUUUGCUAAUUUACCUGCAACUAGUCAGAUAUCGGCACGUGUAACCAAGGAUGCACAAAUGAUUUGUAACCAAUGGUUGGCAUUUGUUGCCAAGGAACGUUUAGUGAGAAAAGUAUUCGUCUCCAUUAAGGGUGUCUAUUACCAAGCUACAGUUAAAGGUGAAGAUAUCAGAUGGUUAGUUCCAUAUAAAUUCCCUGAAAAUAUUCCAUCAGAUAUUGAUUUCAGAAUCAUGCUAACUUUCUUAGAAUUUUACUCCACAUUGAUGCAUUUUGUUCUAUAUAAAUUGUACACUGAUAGCGGUCUUGUAUACCCACCAAGAUUAAACAUUGAACAAGACAAGAUCGUUAACGGACUUUCAUCAUAUAUUCUAGAAUCCAAUGAAGAGACAAGUGCAUUGACUAAACCAUUAACCCAAUCAAUUUCCAGUGAUGUUACUACCUUGGAUUCUUCCGCCAUUGCAUCAGCUUUGAAUGCUGAUAAGAAUGAUGUUGAGAUUGAAGAAAAUGUCGAUAAUGAAACAGAGAAUGUAGAAACUGUUAAACUUGACACCUUUGAAGAUAAAAACAAGAAUCAAGGUGAUAUUUUGGCUCAACCAAGUCAAUUUAACUCUCCUGUUGCCACUUUAUUUUCCAAGUUUGUGUUCUAUAUAGGUAGAGAAGUUCCAUUAGAUAUUGUUGAAUUCUUAAUUCUUUCUGGUGGUGGUUCCGUCAUUAGUGAAAUCUCUUUAGAUCAACUAGAAGAUAAAUCUAGUCUCGAUUUAUCGAAGGUUACACAUCAAAUUGUCGACAGACCCGUAUUAAAGAAUAAGGUUGCUGGUAGAACAUACGUCCAACCACAAUGGAUCUUUGACUGUAUUAACAAAUGUGAAUUAGUUCCAGCUAGUGCAUAUCUACCAGGUGAAAAGCUUCCACCUCAUUUAAGUCCAUGGGGUGAUUCUGCUGGUUACGAUCCAGAGGCUAUUGAAGAAAAGAAGGAAGGUGAGGAAUCUGAAGAAGCAGAAGAAGAGGAAGAGGAAGAAGAAGAAGGUGAAAAUAAUUCCGACGAACAAGAAGAGGAAGAAGAAUCAGAAGAUGAAGAAUUGGCUGCUCAAAAGGAAUUAGAACUUGAGGCACAAGGUAUUAAAUACAGUGAUAACAAGAAAGAAACUCCAGAGAAGAAGAGUAAGAAGAGAAAGGCUACGGAUGAAGAAGAUGAGGAAAAGAAACUGAAGAUGAUUAUGAUGAGUAACAAACAACGUAAAUUAUACAAAAAGAUGAAGUACUCGAAUGAAAAGAAGGAUGAAAGAAUUGAAAAUCUAAAGAAGAAGAAGAAGCAAAUUACAAAAACUAAGAGCAAAUUGCAAGAAUUAAACAAGAAAUAG